UGCGCACCCACCUGCUGCAUCUUAGUUCAGCCGGCUCUUAGAGUAGUAACCGCCAGAAAGGAGUCGGAAGAGGUCUCACGAGGCUGUCAUCACCGCCAUGCCCAAGAAUAAAGGUAAAGGAGGUAAAAACAGGCGCAGGGGUAAAAAUGAGAAUGAAUCUGAAAAAAGAGAGUUGGUGUUUAAAGAGGAUGGACAAGAGUAUGCUCAGGUAAUCAAAAUGUUGGGAAAUGGACGAUUGGAAGCAUUGUGUUUUGAUGGUGUAAAGAGGUUAUGCCAUAUCAGAGGGAAAUUGAGAAAAAAGGUUUGGAUAAAUACAUCAGACAUUAUAUUGGUUGGUCUACGGGACUAUCAGGAUAACAAAGCUGAUGUAAUUUUAAAGUACAAUGCAGAUGAAGCUAGAAGCCUGAAGGCAUAUGGCGAGCUUCCAGAACAUGCUAAAAUCAAUGAAACAGACACAUUUGGUCCUGGAGAUGAUGAUGAAGUCCAGUUUGAUGAUAUUGGAGAUGAUGAUGAAGACAUUGAUGAUAUCUAAAUUGAACCAAGUGUUUUUACAUUACAAGUUCUCUGAGGAUGGUUCUACAGUUGGGAUUUUGGCCAUCAUCAAUUAAGAAGAGAAAUUCAUUUAGUGUGUAGUUUCUGAAAGCAAACUGAUUUAUUUUCAUUGUUUUAAAGUAUUUAUUUCUUUA